AUGACUUCUCCCGGCAGCCCUCCCGCCGCCGUCACGCAAUCGGCAGCGGCGUCGUCAUCCCUCACCGUCAACAACACGCCUCGCACCGCGCCUUCGAGCCGGCGGGGCAGCAGGACCUCCCAACAGCCUACCCUCCUCUCCUUCACCACCCCAUCCCAUGGUCAGGUCAGACGCUUGCACGGCCUCGUUGCCGACGAGACGGCCGGCGACCAGCACAGCCCGCAGAAGGGUGGCCACAGCCUCCGCAAGAGGGCCCGCGUCGACUACACCUUUGAGCACGUCGAGGACGACGUUCAAGUCCCCAGCUCCUCCAGCCGCAGGAAGCGGAGGUCGGAGCAGCCGAGCGUCGACGGUGACGCCUAUGACGUGAACUCUUUCAAGAACCGUGAUGCCUCCUCCUCCCUUCCCCCCUCCGCCGAGGGUGCUGUGCCCCCCAGCAUCCGCCGCCACCCGGUCCGCAGGAAUACCGAGACCAUGGACUACAGGGACGACGACGACGUCCAGGACACCAUCGAGGUCGGUGUUUCCUUCUCCGACCUGGAUGCCUCUGACGGCCACGCCAGCGGUCGGUCUCCAUCACCAAACCGUUCCUCCCCGGAGCCCGAGACAUCGGGAAAUAUCGAGCUCGGCCUCAACGGCGCCGUCGACGGUUACGCCUCCAACUCCUCCUAUGUCCCGGUCCCUGUCGCUGCCACGGCCUUGGAAGUUGACACCGCCAGCCCGCCGCCCGAUCUUUUCACCACUCCCGUCCGCUGGGCCGUCGAUGAGGUUGCCUCUCCUCGCCCGGCCGAGUUUGCUCCGUUGCGCAGUCUACCGGUUGCACACGACACCCCCCAGGAUCCUGAUCAGUCCGAGUCGCACGACGUCUGUGCCAUCGACCCUGCGUUGGAGUUGACUAUCGUCUCGACGCCCCCUGUGGAACCGGUCGUUUUACCUACCACCGUUUCCCCAGCCGCUGCCCCCGCUGUUGCUGCUGCUGCCGCCGAUGUUGUCGGCUCUGCUGCUGUCGACUCUGCUUCCGCCUCUUCUUCCGCCCCUACCACCGCACCCACCACCGCCUCCAAUGCCGCCUCUGCUGCCGUGCCUGCCCCUGCCGCCGCUUCCUCUGCUGGGCCGACGCCCGCGCCCGAGAUCGUUGUUGCGGACGUCGUUCAGCCGCGGGGACAGGUCACCAUCAAAGGUCCUUCCGCCUCCCUUCAGCUUGCUCCCCCCGUCGACCAGGCCGACUUGAAAUUCGCCUCCUCCGACGACGAGGCCCAGCUGUCUCGCCAGCUCCUGGGCGAGAAUCAGGCUCUCGAGUCUCCGCGACGAGAUCCUGAGCCCAGCGCCCCCUCACGAACGGCUGGCCCCCAAGACCUUCUCCCACCAGAAGCGGACACGCCUGCCGUCCAGGUGACCGACGCCGGCCGUGAUGACGGCGUUCGGGAAAUCAACGACGUUGGCCUCCAGGUUGUUGGCGACGUAAAGUCGACGCCCCCCAGCACCCAGCGUGACAAGCCGCUCGCGCCCCCCACAAUCACCGUCUCCGAUACCACCGUCGUCGAGUCGGCCGAGCCAGCCGAUGGAUCAUCGGAGCCGGCGUCCACGUCCCUUCUCGCGCCCUCGGACGAAUCUUCCACACGUCUUAUCGCGACGGACGGGGCGCCGCAUGUCGACGAUGCCCGCGACGACGCUACCCCGCCUUGCCCCCUGGACAUUUUUGCCAUUCCCUCCUAUUCGGCCAGCAGGCUCGAGACCCUCAUGCAAGGCCGCUACGCUCACCUCAGUCCCUACAUCUUGGAUGAGUACGAGUCGUACCCGAACAAGGUGGCCGUCACCUACGCGAAUGAAAUUGAAGAACAAGCCGCCAAGGCCAAGGCGGCCGAGGAGGAAGCCAAGGUCAAGGAGGCCGAAGGGGCCAAGGCACCUGAAGAAACCAAGCCGACUUCGGAGGCCCAGACGGCCGGUUCCAAGGAUGCAGAGGCCGCCGCGACAGAGCCGGCGCCGACGGACGUCCCCGUCGGGAGUCAAAAUGACGCUGGCCAGGCUGAUGAGAUGAAAGCGGGGGCAGAAAGGGAACCGGAUGACAAGGAAGCCGGCGCCGAGGCCAUGGAAGCCCAGGAUGGUGACGACGAUUUCGCCGAAGCCGACGAUGCGAGCAACGAUGAUGUCAUGAUGGAGGACUUGGGCGACGGUCCCGAGCCUGACGUCGAGGUGCCGACUCCUGGCCUCGGAACGCCGGUACCGGAGCCCGCGAUUGCCGAUUCCGCCCUUCCCACGGCUGCCAACUCUCCCGUUGCUUUCGGCGAGACGACCGCUUCGGCGCCCGUCAACCAGGACCCGAAACGACGUUACUUCAAGUACAAAAAGCUUCGCCCCAAGGAAGACUUUGCCGCCGCGCUCAAGGACUACGAGAGCAUGUCGACGCAGGAGCUCUUUGACGUUCUGCAGGUUGUGAACAUCACCAUGCGCGACCUGCAGAGGGAGUAUUUCGAAGACGCCGACAUCUGGCUACAUCAGGAAAACGCCCAGGUUCGAGAGGGUCACGACAAGAAGCUGGCGAAGAAGGUAGCGGUCAACCCGGAUGCCGAGGAGAAGUUUCCCAUCUACAACUCCAAGGGAAUCAAGUCCAAGGACAUGGUCUACCUCCAUACCCUCGCUCCCUUCUACGAGCAGCCCCUCAACAACCUGCUGGCGGCCAUCUACGGCAAGGAGCCUCGCGCGGACCCCAAUAUGAUUGAGGCGGCCGAUCCAAACCAGAAGGCCGGCGUCGUCACCCGAUCUCGGGCGGCAAAGGUGGUCGUCACGCCCGAGACGGAGGUGCUGUCGACGGCGAGGCUGCGCAGCAAGAUGCCGGCAGCCCACGCCAGCCGCAGCGGCACCCCGGCGCCGAGCAAGUUGGUUGGUCGUAAGCGCAAGGGGGUCAGCGUCGUCGACGAGGUCGCCGCCAAGUCCGAUUCCAGCCCGGAACCCGAGGAGGAGCGACGGCCCAAGCGCCGGCGCCGCGGCAAGUCGGCCGCCAAUCGGGACCUCGAAGAGGCGGCCGUCUCGACACCGGAGCCGGCGGGCAAGGCGGUGACGCCCAUCAAAGUCGGCCGCAAACGUGGCCGCAAGCCGUCAAGCUACUACCUCGGCUCGAACGCGGCCGAUGAGCCGGUCCGGAAGCAGAAGAUGGACGAGGUCGAAGGCGAGACGUCGAAGCCGAAGCGCAAACUCCUCACCCUCAAGAUCCCCAAGACGAAGAACUACAGCGAGCCAUCGUCGGCCAUCACCGACAAUGGCGAUUCCCGUCCUUCCACCGCCUCCUCUGACUCUUCCUCCCACACGGCCGAUUCCUCGUACUCGUUCCGGCCCAAGCGCCAGAAGCGAUUCCGCCAUGAGCCGGACGAUGGCCAGCCGGACCGGACGCCGGCCAAGAGACGCGGCAAGCGAGCCUCGGCCUUCCAAGGCGGCGAUUCUUACGCGGCCGCGGCCGAUGCCGCCUUGACCGUCGAGCCACCCCAUACCGUCCCGCGGAAGACGACCAAGAUCAAGGUAGUCAACAAGUCUGCCAGCGGCCGCCUGAGCACCCCUGCGGUGAUGCCCAUCCACGACGACGAGCGUCCAAAGGACUACAAGAUGAUGACCAAGUCGGAGAAGAUGUCCGCAUCGAUGAAGAGUCGCUGGGCAAACGGAAACAUGGCUCAGGCCGUCGAGAAGCGCAAGGCAACGCUCGCCGCCAAGAAGGCGGCCCAGUCCUCCACCGAUCCAAAACUUGGUGUCACGUCCAAAUCCAAACCCAAACCCAAGGCUGCGAAGAAGGAGGCCGCCAUCGCUCGGCAGGAGCGGCAGAUGUCCCAGCAGCACCACCUACAUCAGGAGCCGGUCGCGCACCAGUCGCAAGCUCGCCCGACGGCUACCGAGUUCAUCCAUCACCACCACGGCAUGCCGAACAUGGGCUAUCCCUAG